CUUUUUAAACUUUCCUUUUGAAAAAAAAAAAAAAAACCUCGAAUAAUAUCUCGAGAUUUUUUUUUUUACUAUAUAAUAUAAAACUGUCUUACAUCACAAAAAGAAUGCUCUCCUCUAAGCCUGUCUAUGAUUACCUUGUAAUUGGUGGUGGAUCUGGCGGUCUUGCUUCUGCCAGACGUGCAAGUGGUAUUCAUGGAGCCAAGGUUGGACUCAUUGAAGCUCAACAUCGUCUCGGUGGAACUUGUGUCAAUGUUGGUUGUGUACCCAAGAAGGUCAUGUGGAAUGCUGCUUCUGUUGCUGAAGCACUUCGCGAUGCCAAACACUACGGCUUUGGAGACCAAGAACCUGUCAAGUUCAACUGGGAACUUAUGAAGGAAAAGCGUGAUGCUUAUGUCAAGCGUCUCAAUGGCAUUUACGAAAGAAACUUGGGUAACGAUAAGGUAGACCAUAUUCAGGGCUUUGCCAGUUUUGUCAACGAAAACACUAUUCGUGUUCAAACCUCUGAAACUGAAUCCAUUGAAGUCCAAGCCAAGAAAAUUUUGGUUGCCACUGGUGGUCACCCUUUGAUCCCUGAUAUUCCUGGUGCUCAUUACGGUAUCGAUUCCGAUGGAUUCUUCGAUCUUGAACAUCAACCCAAGCGUGUUGCUGUUAUCGGUACCGGUUAUAUCGGUAUUGAAUUAGCUGGUAUUUUUAAUACAUUAGGUACUCAAACUACCGUCUUCUCUCGUACCAAGCAAAUCCUUCGUAGCUUUGAUAGUAUUAUUAAGGAUAACUUAUUAAAGGAAAUGCAAUCUGUUGGUGUUAACUUUGCUUUCGAUGCCAAGGUCACAGCAUUAGUUCGUGAAAACGAAACCGGACCUAUCACUAUUCAAUAUGAGGCUGAUGGAAAGGCUGAUACUUUAGAGGUUGAUACUGUCCUUUGGGCUGUUGGUCGUUUGCCUAAUAUCAAGAAGUUGAACUUAAAGUCUGCCGGUGUGGAAAUCAACGAGAAGGGUUAUAUUGUUGCUGAUGCUUAUCAAAACACCACCAAAGAGAACGUUUAUGCUUUAGGUGAUGCUUGUGGUGUCGCUGAGUUAACUCCUGUUGCUAUCGCUGCCGGUCGUAAAUUAUCCGAUCGUCUUUUCGGCGGUGAGCAAUUCAAGGACUCUAAGCUUGAUUAUGAAAACAUUCCUACCGUUGUAUUCUCUCACCCUACUGCUGGUACCAUUGGUUACACUGAAGAUCAGGCUCGUGCCAAAUUCGGUGAUGAAAACGUAAAGACUUAUACCUCCAAGUUCACCAACAUGUAUUUCUCCAUGUUGGAACAUAAGGAACCCACUGCCUACAAACUUGUCUGCGCUGGUGCUGAUGAAAAGGUUGUUGGUGUUCAUAUUUUAGGUAGAGGCAGUGACGAAAUCCUCCAAGGUUUCGGUGUUGCUGUCCGUAUGGGAGCUACCAAAGCUAACUUCGAUGCUUGUGUUGCAAUCCAUCCUACCGCUGCUGAGGAGUUAGUCACUAUGCGUUAGAUUACUUAGAUGCAUAACAAUAGACUUAUAAAAUAAUUAAAUAGUAUAUAUGGAGAUGGUUUAUUAGAUAUGAA